AAAAUUAUCUUUGUAUCAUUCUUAUUUCUAGUCUCUCUAAUAACUUUUGUAUCACAGACUGAGUUGGUGUCAUAUUCAUACAACUCAUUGAAUUUCAAUCAACCGUUUUUAUUAUUAUACUUAACUCACUGUGCUUGGAUUAUAUUUUGGUUCCUCCAAACCAUAUUAAUAUCAACCUACAAGAAGUUUGUUAAUAAUCCGAAUAAUGAUUCUCUCAAAUCUUUCAUUUUGAAUGAGAUUAAUCUGGCUUAUCAAAUAUCAAAUUUGAUAUACAACUACAAUGGUAAUGAAGAAAAUACUACUAAUAAUAGUAAUGUUAAUGAUAACGAUAACGAUAACGAUAAUGAUGAUUUUGGAGGAAAUAACUACAUGAACAUUAAAAUAGCAACUAAAACCUCUUCAAUACUCAGCAAUCUUGUUGUUUUCUUCAAAUCAACUCCAAUUUUAUACAUGUCUUUUUAUUCUUUUAUCCUAUCCAUAAUCUUGAACAUUGCUGCAUCGACUUGGUACAUUUCAAUGAACCUAACAACCUCAAAUAAUGUCACUGCUAUCUACAACUCUUCUCCAUUCUUUGCAUACAUUUUUGCUAUCUUUCUAUUGAAAAAUGAAUUUUUCUCAAUCUUGAAAGUAUCUUCAGUUCUUAUGGCUAUUUUCGGCAUCUUUAUUGUAAUCUAUUCAACCAAUGAUAAUAAAGAUUCUGAUACCACCAGCACUUACGCUAAUAAACCCCAUCAACUAAUUGGUAACUUAUUGAUUCUCUUUGGUUCUAUAUUAUAUGGUUAUUAUGAUGUCUUUUAUAAAAAAUACUUAUGUCCAACUUCAGACAACUAUAACAGCUUGAAUUCCAUGAAAAAGGCCAAUUUUUCAAAUUUUAUUAUGACUUUAAUAGGUUUUGCAUCAUUUAUUAUUUUAACAUUGUUUGUCUUAGUAGUCAAAAUCUUUUUCUAUAACUCUCAUUUAUCUUCAAUUUUAUUAAACUUAUCAAUCAUAUCUUCAAAAGAAUGGCUUUUUAUUUCGUUAAGUGUCUCAUCAAAUUUAAUCUUUUGCAGUGCCUCAUUGAUUUUGAUGUCAAUAACUUCACCAGUUUUAACUGCAGUUUCUUCUAUUUUGACAAUUAUAUUUGUUGGUAUAAUUGAAUGGAUUUUUUUUAAAAUUGGUUUGAGUUUCGGUCAAAUUUUAGGCGAUAUAGUAGUUUUAUUAGGGUUCAUUGGGUUAACUAUUACAUAUUGGAACGAUAUUUCUAGUGAUUAA